AUGACAGUAGAAUAUCUAAGUUCAGCAGAUACACAGCGUCUGCUUGAGAUUCUUAGCGAUGGGAAGGCUAAGUUUUCUAUGGUUGAGAAGACUUUUAAAGAGUCCUUUUCAAAAGAAUCCCACUUCAAUGUCACCAGGGCAAUUCAGAGGAUGGUCCAAGGAAUGAUUGCGUCAUCAGAAGGUAUCGGUUUAUUGAGCUCAUUCUUCAUCUUGGACAUAAUGUGCAAGAUGGAUUGUGAGACUGCCAUGUCUGUAUUCUACAGUACACUGUUAGAACUAGAACAGGCAAUGCGGCAGGAUGUUUGCUUCACAGAGAAGAUUAAGUACGCCUCCAAGGAAGCAAAGGAAGGGAAAAAAGCCUUUGAAACUAGCAAUACGGAGAGAUACCGCCUCCACUGUGCAGCGAAAGGGUUUGCCUUCCGGUUACUUGCCAACAAGGUGGGCCCAGAUGAAACACCGCUUGCCGUGCUUAACGAUAAGCAAGAACAGAUCGAUGCUGCACUGAAUGCAUGGGAGAGCAACAGUAUACAACUGAAAGAGUCCAUUUCUAAUGUUUCCCAUUGUUGGGCUUUGGAUGUUGAAAGAAAUGCAUGCGAAACACUCUCUAAGAUCUCAGCAGCCCUUGAUUCUGAGGCUCGUGCCGCUUUGGUCUUGCAAAUCGUGUGCCCUCAGCUUCCUUCAUUGCCUAUGACACCAGGCGAGCGUCAGUUUUUAUUACCGGGGCCACCUUCGUGUGAUCUGCUUAUGAUUGAUAGUGAGCCGGCCACAGAAGAAUGGAAAUCUGCCAAAAAGCUGAUUAACCUGGGAUGCGAAGCCUCGCUGAGCAAAGAAGAGCAACAACAACUUAUUCAAAUGCUGUCGUCUGGUGAUGUGUUUAACCGCAUUGGAAUAGACGUCGGAUUGCUCAGUCGUAUGGCUGCUCACAACCCAGAUGUAAGUGCUGCGCUAAUUUUAAAGCUCCCCCCUCAAGAGGGUAGUCAAUGUGUUCAGCAUAUAUUGAAAAGCUCUAUUCCGCCUGAGCACGUUGAAACUGUUCUUCUACAUGCAUCAAGGAUUUUACAACAGGUCAACGUUCGCACAUAUAUCACCGGUAAGGUUCAUCUUUUCAAGGAAAAAACUGCUCUGUCUUCUAGCGAUAAAGAGGCAGUGAAGAGCUUCAUCAUGACUCUUCACCAACUGGUGACCAAAGCUUCAAAAGACAAUAAGGACAUGUACAUCGCGGAAGCACUGAAGAGUGAUAUUAGCCAGUUGUGCGAAAGGUGUGACCUCCCAGAGGUAGCUGCAAGGUGGGAGGAUUUGAAGUAA